AUGCGGACUUCACUACAGCUUCUGGCAUCAAUCUCCCGAAGCCAGCCGUCCAAGCUCAGGAAACCAACUGUUGGUCUUGACCAUUUUAUCCAAAGACAGCGGGUUAUCGCACUAUGGCGUGAGAUUGUCAGGGCUUUGAAUGCGAUUCCCAACUCGCCAACCCGCGAUGAGCUGCGCAAUUAUGCCCGCAAUGAGUUCGAGCGCCACCGAGACGUGACCGACCUGACGGGCAAAGCUGAGUUUGAAACGAUGAGGAGGUAUAUCGACGAGCAAAUUGUCGGUUGA